CUCGCUCGCUCACCGGAGUUGUAGUUGAAGCCCCGCGCUAGAGCAGCACAGUGUCUGUUGGGUGGCGAGAAGGAGCGCACCAUCUUCAUCAUUUUCAACAUCCUCAUUCUGAGCCCGUUUGGAUGUAUUCAAGUCACGUGACUCACUUUUGGUUGCAGUUGGACACUGGACUUUUGUUGACUGUUUUGUUUUUUGUCUUGUGAACUUGUUCGCAGGUGUUUGAACUUGGGAUUGUAAACGCAAAGUGGAGCUUCGCCAUUUUCCCUAUCGAAUCCGGUUCCGCUCCAAUCCCCCCCAUUUGGGAUAGUAAAGAGUUCCACUCAAGUCCGCCAUGAGGUUGCUGACGGCGUCUUGCUGCUCCCCUUAGUCGCUCCAGCGCCUUUGCUCCGCCACCGAGGAGACUCGCUCCCUUCGCCCGCGAUCGGGUGCAGACGGGCUCCCCUCGCCCGCGAUCGGGUACCCUGGCCGGCGGGAAUCGAGUGGCCUCAUCCGAACGGGACCGAAGAAGGAUGGAGGCUCCCCGGGCGAGAGUUGCGGGAGGAGUCGGAGGAACACUCCGAGGACGCGCGACCUUCUGGAUCUGGACGCUGGUGCUCGUCUUAUGCGAAGUAUGUGGCGGUCACUCCGGAUCAUCCGGUCCCGGUCAGGCAACACCGGACUCUGCCCAGCCUCAUUUCUCGGCCUCGCUGUCGACUUAUCUGCCGGUGCAGUGCCAGCUGAGCGGCGUCGAUCAGGCCUUCUUCCUGCGCGACGCCAACCGGGACGCGAUGCGCAACGGGAGCCUGGCGUCGCGCACCGAGCCCUUCCUACUCCAUCGGCUGGAUGCGGGCGUGGCGGCGCCGCACGCCCUGCCCGCCGUGGCGUGCGGCUACGGCAACCUGAGCGCCGAGCAGCAGAUCCCUCUGGAGUUGCUGCAGGGGCCGCUGGCCAGUCCGCUGCCCGCCGCCAGCCACGUCACCCUCAACUGGAAGGUGAAGGGCCACGUGGUAGUGCCCAAAGUGGGGUCCACCCAACCUUGGAUACAGGUUCUUUUUUACUUGGUGGGUCGCCGUUGGGACGAGCCCGACCCGCCUCCUCCGGGCCUCCUCCCGUGCAUCCGAGCCUUGGCGGUGCGGGACCCCAGCGAGGCGGCCCCUUCUGCCGGCUGCCGGCUGCUGGGGCCUUCGGGCAUCUGCGUGGUCCGCUUGGAAAUCCCCCCCGCCUGGUUCAUACCCCUGCAGGCCAAACGACGACCGGCGGAGGGGGCACUGCCCUCUCUGGAUGUGUACUACUCCAUUAUACCAGUGGAGGGAGCCGGACUGGAAUGUCCUUCUAUUGUGAAUGAACCGUGGAAGAGUCCGAAUGUGAACACCGGGCCUCUCGGAGUUCUGAGCCCGUGGAGCCCCCUGGUGGAAGGAGGACUUCAGGACAUGCAGAAAGCCGGCUCAGUGAGCAUGAGCGUGGGCCCGGUGGCACCCAAAGGGGAGAUGCUGACUCUGGACCACAAUGUGGACGUCCGAGUGCCUCCCAGCCCCGUCCGGCUGGGGAAGACGGUGGCGUUCGCUGUCUACAUGAAGACGGAGUCACAUGCUGAGCAGUUCGUCCUAAGGGUUUGGUUCCAGUCGGGCAUCAGCUUCCUGGCGGUGAAGCCCAGCGACCUGGUGGCCUGGGAGAUCAAACAGGAAAUGGCGCCCGGCGGAGGCUCGCUGGCCGUCAUGUGCCAGAGGAAAUCGUUUGCCACCGCCACCGCCAGGUUGGAGCGCCCGUCUUACGAGGUGAUGCAGUUGGACUUUGAGGUGGACAACGUGAUCACCUUGGCCCCGACCCAAACUCUGCACUGGAGCGUGGAGUACGCGUCAGGAGCGCCGGCCUCGGCCGAGAAAGUCUCGCACCUGUACGUCAGCAAUGCCAACAUCCAGGGCAUCGUCCCACUUGCGCAGGACACGGAGGUGUUGAACACGGCCAUCCUCACCGGGCGCCGGGUAUCUCUGCCCAUCAAGCUGGUGACGGUUGGGUCGGACGGCCAGGUGAGGGAAGUGGACGACGCCAUCAGCUGCAAUUCGGCCGACGUUCACGUGCUCAAGGUUUCCGGGAAUUGCGAUGAGGUUCUGGUGAAUGGCAAGGAGAUGCGCGGGCGUCUGCAGGUGUCGGUGGUCUUUGCAUACAUGCACCUGACGUCCAGCCUGUCGCUGGACGUUUGGGUGCCCAAGCUGCCUCUGCAGAUCCACGUAUCCGACACCGAGCUCAGCCAGGUCAAAGGCUGGCGUGUGCCCAUCUCCCCCAACGCUGCCAACAGCAAAAGGCCGACGAGAGACAGCGAAGACGACGAGGACGACGAGAGGAAGGGAAAAGGCUGCACACUGCAGUACCAGUACGCCCUGGUGCGCGUCCUCACGCACUUCGUGGCCGAGCCGUCCGACCCAGGAGGGGAGGUGGUGCGCAUGCUGGGCUCCGACUGGCAGGCCGACAUCACUCACUUGGUUCUGGAUCAGCUCAAGGUAGAAGACGAACGCAUUGCCAGGUUGGUCGACGGACGCAUUCUGAUUGGACGAGACCUAGGCAUCACCACUAUCCAAGUGAUGUCGCCUCUGUCCGACUCCAUCCUGGCAGAGAAGACGGUGACCGUGUUGGAUGACAAGGUCGCCAUCGCCGACAUGGGGGUCCAGCUGGUGGCCUCGCUCACGCUCAGCUUGGCGCCCGCUGGCGGGAAUUACCAAGCCGUCCUGAUGACCGCCACCGCCAGCGAAUUGUUGCGUGCGCCCAAACAGGAAGCAGCCAUCAGUGCUUGGAUCCACUACAGCGACGGCUCCGUUACGCCGCUUGACAUAUACGACCCCAAGGACUUUCUUCUGUCUGCCGUGUCAUUGGACGACAAUGUCAUCUCCGUAACCAAUCAGGAACAACACUGGCCCGUAGUGGUGGCGGAAGGUGAGGGCCAGGGGGCACUGGUGCGCGUCGAGAUGGUGAUCUCAGAGACCUGUCAGAAGUCCAAGAGGAAGAGCGUGUUGGCGUCAGGUGUUGGCAACGUGGUGGUCAAGUUCGGCGUCGCCGAAGGCGGAAGUCCGGAGGAAGGGGGAGGACCCGACAACGACACCGAGCAGCUGAGAGCCGGAGACGGAGUCGAGUGGGAGUCAAAAAGUGUGGCGGCGGCUGUGGACCGCGAGGAAGGCGCCAUGAGGAAGGUGAGCUUAACGACCAAGAGCACCGUGACCCAUCGGGCGACGGGCGGGAAAGCAGGCGGUGGCGGACGGGUUGGCGGAGGGAGUCCGAGCCGUGCGGGGGACUACGCCGGCUACCCGGCGCAAGUGGAGGUGCCCGGAGCCUCGGACAGCGAGCUGAGCCAGAGCACCAGAGGACUGUCAGACCUGGAGAUCGGGAUGUACGCCCUCUUGGGGGUCUUCUGUCUGGCCAUCCUCGUCUUCCUCAUCAACUGCGUCAGCUUUGCCUUCAGGUACCGCCACAAGCAGGUGCCCGUGCUGGAGACAGGCGGCAACAUGAACCACGCCCACGACUGGGUUUGGCUGGGCAAUGAGGCCGACCUCCUGGCGGAGCACCCGGACCAGGCCGAUCCGUGUCCGGGGGCGCCGCCCGACGAAUGCACCACCGUCAUCGACCGCGGCGACGCCUACGAAGAAAGCAAGUACCUUCUCAACGGGGCGGGUACCGCCUUGGCCGUGGCCGCCGGCCGGGGCGGCGGGGGCCACCGGGGCGUCUCCCGCAGCCAGACCUUACCCCGGGCUCUCCCAGACCCCCACCAGUGCCUUUCCACCAUCCCCGCCGUUCGACACGACGCCGAGCAUCUCAACAACUCUCCCAGGGCCACCGGCAAACGCAAACGAGUCAAAUUCACCUCGUUUGCCACCGUGCUCCCCAAUGACCAUCACCGGGGCGGGGCCGGCGGCCCCUACGCCGACCCCUCGGUCCUGCUCGGCAAGGGUGGCGAGGACGACAUCAAGUGGGUCUGCCACGACGUGGACAUGGGCCGGUCGGAAAUCAGGAGCUACAUGGAGAGGUUGCAAGACAAUUUGUGACUAUGUGGGGCAGGGUCGGGCGGCGGGGGUCGGGGGUAGGGGGGUCGGUGUCUUGAAGGAGACUGGAAGAGUCUGCCACCAUUUGGACAUGGGCCAGUCGGAUACCCGGAGCCACGUGGACAGGCUGCGCGACAACAGGUGACUCUGUCGGGGGGGACCGGGCAUCGAACCGGGUGACCAAGGGGUAACAUUUUAGGGGGUGGUGCCUGGGGGGGUCCAAUCGGAACCAGGCAUUUGGGUCUUGGUGAACCCAUGAAAACAAUUCACCUGUGAUGCCUUUUGGACGGAAGCGGGAAUGGCAUGGGCGGGCGCGCGCAAAGGGAAGGACGGCGGGCGAGGACAAGCCAAGAAUGUUGCCUAACACAAACAGGAAGUGGAAGUCAAGCUCAUGCAAUAAAAGAUUUCAAAAUGAGUGAGUCAAAUGGAAAUCUGCGCCCAAGUUGACUCUUUCGUUGCCAUUACCAGGAAACCAUCGUGCUUUUCACAAUAAGUGUUGCCAUUUGCAUACAAAACAUUUUAUUUAUUGUCACAUCCAAAUUGUCGUUCGGGUUUAGGACCUAUUUUAAUAUUGUCAAAAAGUGGUGAUUCUUUUUGACAUUUCUUGUGUCCAAAAUUGUUCAACAUUUCCUGUCCACAAAGUAAAAGCUUUUUCGUGUCCAAAGUGGGGGACUGGGAUACAACGGGCACCCCAACUUGCACAAGUAGUGGCAGGAUGUGAGAAUAAAAAGCGAUUUGACUUUGAAGGGCGUGCUGGGAAGUGUUUACCUAGCAACCAGCAACUUGGCUCAUUUGUUGCCAUUUCAGUACAAGGACAAGAGUUGCCACGCCCAUGAAAAUGUUUUAUGUUGUAAUUUUAUUUAUUGUUAGAUGCGUAGGAUCUAUUUUUAAUAUACUCAAGGUUUUUGACAUUUCCUGUGGACAAAAUUGUAAAAUGGAGUCAUUUCCUGUCUUCAAAGUAAAGAAGAUUGGAAGGAAAUGAACCAAGACUCAAACUUGCACAAUUGGCAACAGGAAGUGAGAUCACUACCUGUUGUUUCAAACUUCUUGCCAACGAUGGCUCUCUUUGUCAACCCGAACCUCCCAUUGGGUGAAAAGACUUCCUUCUUCCUGUAGGUGAGACCAUUUAUUGUAUUACUGUAGAUUUGACUUCUUUAUAGUUUUAUUUUGAAAUAUAGUCUGGUUUUCCUUGUGUUCUUUGCAAGUGUUUACUUUAGAAAUGAAUUAUUUAUUUCAAUUCAGCACUGAGGCGAGGUCAAAGGGGAUGGCGGCGCACGCACAAAACCGUCGUUUUGUGUUAAAAGCUCAGGUGAUGACGCAAAGAACGACGACAAUGAAAAGAGACAACCACAUCGUUGGGAUGGCAAUAUUUAUUAUUUGUAAACGUUACUGGCCAUGUAAUCAAAUGUUGUACAUAGGUAAAUAAACAGGAUCUACAACAAGA